CAUUACCCUCACAAUACGAUUGAUUUUUUUCAGAGUAGUUAGAAAACUGAACGUCGUUAUGAAAAUCCAGUUCAUAAUUGUCUCAAUUUUAUUUGGGAUAAGCUUUGCAGAAGAUGAAUGCCUAGCUUGUGAUUGGAAAAGUGAAAUUCAUUGUGGAACGGUUUCUAAUGGCACUUGUGUCUUUACUGCAUUAAACCGAUGCCAAGUUGAACGUGUUUCUUGCCUUCGGGAGCAAAAAGGAUUGCCACCAUUUACCCAAAUUGAGAAAGGAAAAUGCCCAAAGGGAAAACCAAAGUGCAUCAAACCUUGAACUACAUUUAAAUAACUACCUCACUCUGUAGAUACUUUAUUAAGCUUAUAAAUUACUAACUGCGUACUGUA